CUCUAAUUGCUUCAAAUAAGGCUUCUGUUGCCCCGUUGCCACCAUCAUCCUGCUGAUGUUGAAAUGGAAGAAACGGCGUCGGCUCGUGGAUAUACUGUCCAAUAUGCCCGCCGCACCCUUUCCUCCUUGGACUAUGGGUGUCAUUCACGCUCUACUCACGCGCGACGCGUCAAGAAACCGCGACAGGUAAAGGGAAAGGGCGUAAAUUAUUCAACCAACACUUUUGGCGGGCGAAUGCAAUCAGAACACUUUUGAGCAUUUACCACCUCCUCCCAUCUUCCUCUCCUCCUCAUACCCAAGUCAAAAUGUUCAGAGCUGCACCGCAAGCAGAACGAAAAGCUGCUCCGAUAGAAAGAGCAUCAGGAGCAGGCUAUCCAUCUGUGGACCGAUAUGCAACAAAAGGUCCAAGAAGGUAUCCGUUCCGAUUAAACUUUUAUCGUGAACCACCUGUUAGUGAAGUAACUAUUGAACAAUUUGAAACAUGGGCGAUCGAUAGAUUACGAGUCUUGGCAGAGAUUGAAUCUUCACAAGCAAGGAAUCGAUCAUACACAGAAAUGAAGGAAAUCGUUACUACGCAAUGCAAGAAAUAUCUACCCUUGAGCGCCACCACUGCUUCGGGAAUGAGCGGCGGUCCGGAUGUAGAAGCUGAACGAAUGAAGGAUCACAUCAGUCAUUUCGUCUUACGUUUGGCUUUCUGUCGGACGGAAGAUCUGAGGAGAAGGUUCGUCAAAGCAGAAACGGCUCUCUUUCGUCUACGAUUCGAGAAUGACGACGCAUCAGAGAAGGAGAGGUUCCUCAAAACACUCAACUUUGACUGGGAAUUCGUGACGAAAGAAGAAAGACAGGCAAAUCGCGAAGCAUUGAUCGCAGCAAACCCUAGAUUGGCAAACUUUGUCGAUUCGGAAACAUUUUACAAGGUACCUUGGACGCGUGUUCUUGAUCUGGUAGAGAAGCGAAAAGUUCUCCUUCGAGCAGGAACGGCAUGGGUUCCGAUGCGUGAACAAGCAAGUUUGGUUGUAGCAGAAUUCUCACAAAGGCUAAUGAAAGAGUUAGAGCUAACAUCUCGUGCUUUACCACGCUUGGACGAGGAUGAUCGAAUCUUACCUCUUCUUUCUCAUCUAUCGAUGGGCUUCAUUGCAGGUAUUUCACGUGAAAUUUCAUCGAAUGCCAUCCAAGGUCUCGAGGGUGGAAAUGUGACUGCUGAAAUGGUGGAUGCUCUCAUCAAAGAACAUGCUCCACUUUGUAUGCGUAACUUGCAUGAAUCUCUACAAGACAAAGGUCAUCUUCGCCAUUAUGGUCGUUUGCAAUACAGUCUCUUCCUCAAGGAUGUUGGUUUGCCCGUUGAAGAAGCUUUGUUGUUCUGGAGACGCUCUUUCCGUGCAAUGUCUGACGAUAAAUUCAACAAGGAUUACAAGUACAACAUUCGAUGGGCUUAUGGUCUAGAGGGCAGACGUGUAAAUGCACCAGCAAAGAACUGUAUAAGCAUCAUCACACAAGAUCAACCCGGUCCUCAAGACAAUCAUGGUUGUCCUUUCCGUCACUUUUCUCCGCAGAACUUAUCUUCCGCUCUCAUUACCCAUUACGGACUCAACUUUGCCGAACAAGCAGAAAUCUUGCAAGCUGUCAAAGCAGGUCACUAUCAUGUUGGCUGUACACGUCUGUUCGAGAUGACACACAAGAAGCAAGGAAUCAAGAAAGGAGAUGGGCUAGGAGAAGGAGAAAGCGUCAGUCAUCCAAACCGAUACUUCGAACGAAGCUAUAGUAUCGUUCAGAAUGGCGGAGUACCAGCCAAAUCAGAAACCAAAGCAGAAGAGCUUCCGUCUUUAGAAAGCAAGAAGGAUGAUACCGAGAUGAAUUUGGAUGAUGCUGCUGGUGAGCAUCUCGAGAAAGAGGCAGAAACAGCAAAAUCUUCCAAUGAAGGGUACGAGCCAGAUGAAGAUGAAGAGAUGGAGCUUCUGGCCAUGCAAGGUGCAUGAGCUGUGAACGCCUUCUCAAUUCGCUCUUUCGGAUGUUUUUAUAGUUUCCUUU